UUAAAUUUGCAGAAAUUAUUAUAUGGAAGCUGUUUCCCAAGUUUGUCUUUCCCACUGGCUAGAGAGUUUAGAAUAUGGCAAUAAGUUUGCUAAUGCAUCAAAUUUAAUAGCUGCUUUGGAAGAUAUUAAUAUGGCUUUUGAUGAGAUGUUUUUCUAUUGCAAAUGGCGGAAUUCUGCUAGUUAUUGUAAUGAAUUUAAAAAAUUAGUUACCGAAGAAGGAUUGUGUUAUAGUUUUAAUGCAUUCCAUCCAAAGGAUAUUUAUCGGGAAGAGGUUUUCCUUUAUGAUUAUCUUGUUGAUGAGUUCGACCAAGAAAAUCAAACCUUGGAAUGGAAUCUUGAAGAUGGUUAUGAUAAACAAGCUGGUCCUGAAACAUUUCCGUAUCGGGUACUUGGAGCUGGUUCAAGGGGUGGAUUGUUUAUGUCUCUCAAAGGCAAUCAAGCUAAUCAAGAUUUGUUGUGCCGUGGUCCUGUUCAGGGUUUCAAGAUAUUAUUGAAUACUCCAGGAGAAGUCCCACAGGUUUCACAGCAGUUCUUACAGAUUCCAUUUAAUCAGGAGGUUUCAAUAUCAAUCAAACCGAAAAUCAUUACAACAUUGUAAUUGAAAUUUUUUAGUUUUUAUCAUAAAUUGAUUUUCUAAAAUCUUUCAGGAGAAAAUGUUAUACCCAAAAGGAAAGACAUUUGAGGUAUUUUAAGCUUUAUACACAGAAAAACUGCCAAUUGGA